AUCCAAGUAUCUUCCGACGUAGUCACAUCACCCAAUUUAAUUCUUCAAAAUGGUUGUGAAGUUCGUCGUAAUCCUCGCUCUGGCGGUAGCUGCCAACGCCAGCAACUUCAACAGCUUCGCGUACGACGUGGCCGACCCGUUCACCGGCGACUUCAAGAGCCAGGCGGAGACGCGCGUCGGCGACCGCGUGCGCGGCCAGUACUCGCUGCUGGAGUCCGACGGCACCAAGCGUACGGUGGACUACGCCGCCGGAGCAGAGGGCUUCAACGCGCAGGUCCGCAAAGACCCUGCCUUCAUCGCUGCCCCUGCCGUCUACUCAGCCGCCCCUGCCGUCUACUCCGCCGCCCCUGCCGUCUACUCGGCCGCCCCUAGCGUCUACUCCGCUGCCCCUGCCGUCUACUCUGCCGGCUUCGGCUACCCAGCGCUCCCCUACGCCAAGUUCGCCCCCUACGCCUACGCCAAGUACUUCUGAACACCGUUACCUGCUCCUAUUGAUAAUAAAACUCUAUGUUGUAAAUAUAUUGGUUCUGUAAAUAAAAGUUUAUGAA